AUGAAACUCCUCCCAACACUAUCAGCGCUGCUCGGCACCUGCGCCGCAACAUCCCUCCACCUCAGCAUCUCGCCCUCGUCCUCGCUGCUAGACCUCAGCAACCUCCCCUCAUCCACGCACGCAACCCUCUACGGACCCUCCGGCAAACGCGCCACCGCACCCUUACGCAUCGACAACUCGUUCAUCUUCCCCAACCUCGAAGAAGGAGAGUGGCUGCUCGACGUACACUCCAGAGACUACGUAUUCCCCAGCUUGAGGGUCGAUGUCGUAGACCCAGUCUCUAUACUCCCCAUCAAGCAAGAAGGAGAUGGAGAAGCUGCGCCUGUGGCUUCCACACCAGAGACAGUGACUGUGUAUCUCACGCAUCCGUCGAAUAGAUGGGGGCAUCUGGGUGCCAAGAUUGCUGCCUCUACUGCUGCAUUGUCGUCGGCAGAGCAAGUCAAACUCUCUGUUUCUGCAUUGGGAAAGAAAACGUUCUAUGAACAGAGACAGGGCUUUGAUCUUUUGUCCUUCUUCAAGAACCCGAUGAUUUUGAUGGGUGUGCUGUCCAUGGGCUUGGUGUUUGGAAUGCCUUAUUUGAUGGAGAACAUGGACGAAGAAACAAAGGCCGAGUUUGCAGAAAUCCAGAAACAGGGUCCUCUUGGUAUGGCCACUGGUGCAGCUGGAGGACCGGGCCAAAACACAGCACAGCAAAUCCAAAAUUUCGAUCUUGCUGGCUGGAUGGCAGGGAAAAAGUAA